UGGUGUGUGUUGAAUGAAAGCAAAAAAGAUGUAAACAAAAGAAGAAAAAUUAAAGAAUGUGAAAAACAUUACACAGUUUUUUCGAUUUGAUGGUUUGUUGUAAGGCAUCCUAUAUCGAUAAAUGAUUUAAACCUCUUUCAACGAUGGAUGCAUAGAAGGCAAGAAAUGAUCUGGUCUUCGCCAUAAAUCAAACACAAAAGAAUCUGUCGUUUUCAUUUUUUUUGCCUCAAGGCGUACAGAAAACAUUGUUUUCUUGUACGCCUUCUUUUUUUGUUAACACAAUGUUAACAGAAAUCCGCAUUUUGCUACUAUUCAUAUGUGUUUCUUCAAGUUGGCGCGUCCUGCAUGCUGCUGUGACAGGUGAUAAAAAUUCAUUGUUCUUAGCAUGUGGUUCUCAAAACGGUGGAACAGAUGGAGAUAACAGGAAAUGGGAUUCGGAUACGAAGUAUCUUGUAUCAGGUGAUAAAUCAGUCAUGACACAACCUCAAUCCAAUGAUCCUUCUGUUCCGUCUGUUGUACCGUAUGCAAAUGCAAGAUUUUUUCAAUCAGAAACUUCAUAUAAUCUUCCGGUUACAAACCAAACAUCGCGUAUUUUGCUCAGGCUUCAUUUUUACCCGACUCCUUAUCCUAAUUUCAACGUUUCCAAUUCAUACCUCUCUCUUUCCGUUGGUCAAGUUGAAUUGUUGACUAAUUUUAGCGCGUAUAUAACUGCACAAGCGUUGUCACAAAAUUACAUUAUUAAAGAGUACCUUUUGACUCCUGUGAGUUCUCCAACUUUGGAGAUCAAAAUUACGCCUUUUGGUAAUUCGUCGCUUGCAUUCAUCAGUGGAAUCGAAAUGAUCAACUCGCCUGAUUUGUUUUUCGGCCCUGAUCCUGUGAUGGCUGGAUUCAGUUCUAAUGACGGAGCUAAUUCUGGAGAUGUUGUUUCUCAGCAGACUAUAUCUGUCAAGGAAAAUAAUAUGGAGUUGAUGUAUAGGGUCAACGUUGGCGGACAAUUUAUUCCUCCGAAAAAUGAUUCAGGAGGGUUAAUGAGGAGUUGGUAUGACGAUACUCCCUUCGUGUAUGGCGGUUCAGGAGUUGGCAUUGCUAUGACUAGCAACAUGACGAUUCGUUAUGAUGACUUGCCAUCGUACGUUGCACCACUUGCUGUAUACCAGACUUGCAGAUCGAUGGGUUUUGAGUCGAAUGUCAACAAGAAUUAUAACCUUACUUGGGUUUUCAAUGUUGAUGCAAACUUUACAUAUGUCGUGAGGUUUCACUGGUGCGAUUUCAUCGUUGAUUCCAUGAAGAUCAAUUCCUUGGUCUUUAAGGUAUAUAUCAAUGGACAAAUUGCGGAAAGUGAAAUAGAUUUAGUCGCGAUGGAACAUGGGAAGAAGGCUACUCCUUUAGUAAGAGAUUAUGUGACUCGUGUUGACGAUAAAAAAGGAGAUGAUCUGCUGUGGAUAUCAGUGCAUCCAGCAGGAGCUAGUGCUACUUUAGUUAAUGCUAUCGUAAAUGGACUAGAGAUAUUUAAGAUCGGUGGAGGAACUACGAGCUUGGCGGGUAAGAAUCCUACAAUGUCAGACUUAAUGAAGAAGUAUCAGGAAGAACAAAGUAAACAAGAACCUCCGGGGAAAUUCGCUGAUCAGGACAAAUCGUCAAAUAGUAAUACUGUUAUAAUCAGUAGUGCUGCUGGCGGAGUUGCUGCAUUCGGUGUAGCUGCUGUUUUGGUCAUUGUUGCUUUGAAGAGGAAAAAGAGAUCUGCGGGAGCUGAAUCAGGCACGAAUAGUUGGCUACCGAUUUAUGGGAACUCUCAUACUUCCGCUAGCAAAUCAGGUGGUGGUAGCACGACCAUUUCAUCAGAUGCUGCUAGUAACUGUCGAUACUUUUCACUCGCUGAGAUCAAACAAGCUACUAAAAACUUCGACGAAUCAAAUGUCAUUGGAGUUGGUGGAUUUGGAAAGGUGUACAAAGGCGUUAUCGAUGGUGACACAAAAGUUGCAAUCAAAAGAUCAAACCCGUCUUCAGAACAAGGUGUCAAUGAAUUCCAGACUGAAAUCGAGAUGCUUUCAAAGCUAAGGCAUCGACACUUGGUGUCCUUGAUCGGAUUUUGUGAAGAAAAUCGUGAAAUGGUCCUUGUUUACGACUACAUGUCACACGGAACAUUAAGGGAACAUCUUUAUAAAGGUAACAAAACUAUACUAUCUUGGAAGCAAAGGUUGGACAUCUGUAUCGGCGCAGCCAGAGGACUUCAUUACCUUCACACAGGAGCUAAAUACACCAUUAUUCAUCGGGAUGUGAAAAGUACAAACAUUUUGUUGAACGACAAGUGGGUAGCUAAGGUUUCAGAUUUUGGACUUUCGAAAACCGGUCCAAACAUGAACCAAGGACAUGUUACAACAGUUGUAAAGGGUAGCUUCGGGUAUUUGGAUCCUGAAUACUUCAGAAGACAACAACUGACUGAAAAAUCGGACGUGUACUCAUAUGGUGUCGUCCUAUUUGAAGUAUUGUGUGCUCGGCCAGCGCUAAAUCCAAACCUUUCGAAGGAACAAGUUAGCCUUGCCGAUUGGGCAUUAGCUUGUCAAAGGAAAGGGAAUUUAGAAGAUAUUAUCGAUCCACAUUUGAAAGGAAAGAUCAAUCCUGAAUGCUUGAAAAAAUUCGCAGAAACAGCUGAGAAAUGCUUAGCUGAUAAUGGUAUAAAUCGUCCAUCCAUGGGCGAUGUGCUAUGGAAUCUUGAAUAUGCCCUUCAGUUACAAGAAAAUCCAGACGGGGUUAUAUCAACCUCCAAGGCAACAACGAAACAGGUGGAUCAUAACAACGACGAUCAACACAGUUUGAUAGCUAUGCAUAGAAGCACUUUGAGCCUUGAAAGCGAAAACGCUGAUGGUAACACAGAUGAUGUCUUUUCUCAGAUUGUGAAUCCAGCAGGAAGAUAAUAAUAACAAUAUAAAAUCGUAUAAUUUCAAUAUAUAUUAUGUAUCAACUAUAUAUAUAUAACGAGUAUAGCUAGCGCGGUUGA